UGCGCAUUUACAAUGACAUUUAAAGAUGGCGACGUCCACAGCACAUGUGAGCUCAACACUCUUUAUAAGAAACUUGCCAUAUUCGGCUACGACUAAAGAUUUGGAGUCACUAUUCGGAGAAAUUGGUCCUCUUAAGCAAAAGUUUGUCGGGCUUGAGUCGAGACUUGACGAAUUUGACAUUUCUUUUUUCGUUUCAGGAGUAAAGGACAAGUGCAGAGGGUUUGGAUAUGUCACUUUUGCGUUGAGGGAUGAUGCUGAAAAGGCUGUUAAAGCCACUCAUUCUGUGGAAGGAAGAAAACUAAGGGUAGAUUAUGCCGACAGAAAACCGAAGAAAGGCACUCCAAAACAGAACAAGACAGAGACAUCGUCUGCCGGAAAAGAUGAAAGUCAACAGUCAACACCGAAACAAGUAGAGGCUGUUGCCAUGACAACUGCUAAACACCAUAUGGAAGGAAAGAAGACCAAAAAGAAGAAGAAAAAGAAAAAGGUUGAAGGGACAGAUAGUAUCGCAGAGAGAGAGAAGAGAAGGAGUCGACUUAUCGUCAGAAAUUUACCAUUCAAGUGCACAGAGGACAAACUCAAGUCGGUCUUUGAGGCUUUUGGGACCGUAACGGAGAUCUCUAUCCCUAUGAAGGAGAAUAAAAGCAUGGGAUUUGGUUUUGUGCAGUUUGAUCACCUUAGCAGAGCAGCCAAAGCCCUCAAACAGAUGAAUGGAAAACAAAUCAUGAAUCGUACAGUGGCCGUAGACUGGACUGUUCCAAGGACGGAGUAUCUCCAAGCUCUGCAGAAGACCAAAGACUCUACACCCAAAGAUAAUGAUGAUGGAGUAUCGGAUGAAGAAGAGAUGGAGGAAGAACAUGAUAGUAAUCGCAAAGCUAUGGUUGCUGACGAGGAAGAGGACGACAGUGAUGAAGGCUCAAUGCAAGACAGUGAGGACGAGGAUGAUAGUGAUGUGGAAAACAAAGAUGAAGAUAUCGACGAUGAAGAUGACAUGGAGAGUGAUGAUGAUGAGGAGGAGGAGGAGGAUGAGGAGGAGGAGGAGGAUGAAGAGGGGGAUGAUGAUGAGGACGAGGCGGAAGAAGAAAACCUUCCUAAAGAUAGGGUCAAAGGUCAUCCCUUCAAGAAACCUAUUGAAGAUGUUCAAGAAGGAAAGACUCUCUUUAUCAGAAAUGUUCCAUAUGACUCAACAGAUGAUGAUGUGAGGGCGCUGUUCGCACCGUUCGGAGAGCUGGAAUUUGCAAGGGUGGUUGUUGAUCCAAUGACUGAACAUUCCAGGGGUACUGCAUUUGUUAAAUUCAAGACAAAGGAAGAUGCUGCAAAUUGUCUUCAUGAGGGUGAUGCCUUGAGGUUGAAUGGACGAUUGUUGGCGUUGAGUCCAGCUAUUAGCAGAUCAGAAGCAAUUAAAUUAAGAACAGCAGAGAAAGACAAAGCAAAGGAGGAGCAGAAGGACAAAAGAAAUCUACAUUUACUGCGAGAAGGACUGAUACGGCCAGGGACCAAGGCAGCGGAGGGCCUCUCGGAGCAGUACAUGAACAAGAGACUCAAGAUAGAAAACGUCAAGAAAGAGAAAUUAAAGAACCUGAAUAUCUUUGUUUCGCCCACUCGUCUUGCCAUUCACAACCUCCCAAAGGCUGUCGAUGAUAAGAAACUGAGGGAGAUUGCAAGGGAGGCUGCAGGAGAUAAGAAGGCUAAGGUCAUUGAGGCUAGGAUAAUGAGAGAUAUGAAUAACCCGAAUGCCCAGGGAGUCUCUAAAUCUUUAGGAUUUGGUUUUGUUGAAUUUAGUCAAUAUGAACAUGCCUUGGCUACCCUCUUACACCUCAACAACAAUGGUCAACUAUUUGGUCCAGAAAAGAGGCUGAUUGUUGGUUUUUCACUUGAAAACAGACGUGCUUUGGAAAUUAAGCAGAGGAGAAGAGAAAAAGCAUUAAUGAAGAGACAAGCAUUCGGUAGAAAAGCUGAGGAGGAAGGAGAGGAAGAAGGAGGUUAUGAUGAAAAGAAGAAGGAAGAAACAAAAACAAGGAAACCCUACUCAGAGCAGAGACUCCAGGCACAGCAGAAGACCGGUGGUGAACCACAGCUCCCAGCUAACAGGAACAUGGUCAUGCCACAGGAUGGCAAGAAGAAAGGGUUACCACGCCACUUUGGGGCCAAGAACCGAUGGAGGGAUAGGGGGAAGGUGGCGGAUGAGAAGAGACAGAGACGGAAGGAAAAGAGGAUGGUGUUACAGAAGCAGGUCUGGAAUAGCAUGAAGGCACCGGAGCCCGCUGGAUUGAAGGUGGACAAGAAAACACUCCGGAAAGAAAAACAGAAGAACCAGAAAAGGAAGCAGAGCCGAGCCGUUCGAGAAGAGAAACAGUUCAAUGCUAUGGUGAGCAAGUACAAGCAGAAGAUUACGCACGGCGGUGAUAAGAAGUUAAAAGGGUCCUCCAAAUGGUUCGAGACAUGACGACAACCAAUCGGAGAAACUGAUUAUAAGGUGGUGUAACUCUUCCUUUGUGAUUGAUACUAUCCAAGAACUCUUACUGCACAUUAAAAGGACUUGCUAUUGAGAAGUGUCUUCAGGAUACCAUUGGGAUCCAAAUGUCUUGAGAAAUGGCGACAACCAAUCAGACAAACUGGUUAUCAGAUGGUAUCUCUUCCCCUGUAAAUGAUACUGUCCAAGAACUCUAACCCCUCAUUGGAAGGACUUGUGGCAGGGAAAUUCCUU